AUUGAAAUAUUUUUUAAGUUUAUUGAUUUUUUUUUGUGUUUUAAAUAUAAUUAAUGGGAUAAAUAGAUUAUCCCAUUAUAAAUUAUAAUUAUAUAAUUAAAAUUUUUAUAAAUAAAACUUUUUCAUGUGUAAUUUAUGUUGUAUUAAAAUUAUAUCAUUUUUUAAAACAUUUAUUUAUUGUGAAUAACAUUUAAAAGCACUAUGGCAAAAAAAAAUAUUCGAAGUGUUUCAAAAAAACAAGAUUCAACUAAUGUACUAAUUAAUAAUUUUGAUUCGUCGGAUUUCAAGUUGUCCAAUAUAUAUACUGAAACUGAAGCUAACAAAGACCCUGAUCUCAUACCUCACUGUUUCAGCUCAUUUUGCUACUUGGGACUUUUGAUAUGGUUGUUAUUAGAUAAAAAUUAUAUUUUAUUACUUGAUCGUAAUUGCCUUUUUAUAAUUGCAACUUGUUAUAUUAUUGAGUUUACAAAGUGUGCAUGUCAUUAUUACCUUGUGAGUAGAAUUCCUAAUCAAGUAAAGUGUAAAGGUAAUAUAUUAACAUCAAUUUUUCAGUUUGUAAUAAGUUCUAUUAUAGCCAUUUUCUUAGCUUUCUCUUUUGCUAUUUUAUUUGGUGCACCAAUCAUGUCAAAACAAGAGGGAACUCUUGUUUUUUCAAUUCUUAUUACAUCAGUCAUAGUUACCCCAACAUCUGUACAGUUAGGUUCAAGUAUUUUCCCAUUAUUUUUAACUGAGAAUUCAGAAUCUGAGUGUCUAAAUACUGUUGAAAGAUCUGAAAAGAAUAAUUUCCGAAGUACAGUGUUAGGAGCAUUUAUUGGUACCAUUGUUAUACCAUUUGAUUGGGAAACAGAAUGGCAACGAUGGCCUAUUCCAUGUUCAGUUGGCUUAAUUUGUGGGCAUUUAUUAGUAAAUAUUUAUGAAAUUAUUUGUUGGCAAUAUAAAUUUUUAAAAAGAAAAUCUAUUAAAAAAAAUAAAAUUUAAUUUCUUUCUUAAUUAGUAAUUAUAAUUUAAACAUAAACACUUUUAUAAGUUAAAAUUUCAAUUCACAUCUUCACUUAUCUAUUUCAAUGAUAAAAUAUGUUUUAUUUUUAGUUUGCCAAUUUUUGUAUUUAACUAUUAUGUUGUCUGUAAACACUAUUAAGUUCUUAAUUAUUUUUAAUAUAAUAAUUUCAUUGUAUAUUUAAUCUAGUCAUACUAUUAUUAUAUUUAUUAAACUGCUUAAUUUUUAUGAAUCUUGUAAAGUUGCUGUAUUUAGUAAACUGAUUAGUUAUAAUUUGAUGUAUAGGAAAAAAAAAUACCAAACAAGUUUUCACGUCA